AUGUCUAUUGAGAAGCUCUCUGACGAAGAUAUCAAAGAAACGCCCGUCUCCUCGUCCCUCGACGAUGCCGUCCUCAAAAAAGUCGAUGUUUCCUACAAUGUCGAUUUCUCCAAGGCAGUACAUACGACGCUAUUGGAUCCAUGGAGCAAGCGAGCGUUCAAACUAUAUUUUAUCGUAAUGGUGGGAUUUCUGAACGCAGUAUCCUCCGGAUUCGACGGUAGCUUGAUGAGUGGGAUCAACGCUAUGGACCAGUAUCUGAACUACUUCGGCUACGAUCAAGUCGGCGUAUCAACUGGAAUUGUUUUUAUGAUUUAUAUUGUUGGCAAUGUCGUCGGUGCACUUUUCGCUGGUCCACUGAGUGACAUGUGGGGAAGACGAGGUGGGAUGUUCACCGGCGGAUUCUUCAUACUUCUCGGAGUGGCCAUAAUAUCCUCCGCACAAAAUAUAAAAGCCUUCUUGGGCGGUCGAUUCAUUCUCGGGUUCGGAAUCUCCAUUUCUACAACAGCAGCACCAACCUGGGUAACAGAAUUAGCACCCCCUCAAUGGCGGGGUCGUCUCGGCGGCUUAUACAACUCAUGCUUCUUCAUUGGAAGUAUCCCCGCCACUGGAGCUAUGAUUGGCACCCAGAAGAUGAACAGCACCUGGGCUUGGCGUCUCCCCCUCAUCCUUGCAGAUUUUCCCACCGAUUAUAGUUAUGUCUUGCUGCUGGCUUCUGCCCUGAAAGUCCCACGGUGGUAUGUCCAGAAAGGUCAGCUGGACAAAGCGAGGGAAGUUCUCGUUCGCUAUCACAGCAACGAUGGAAAGACAAAUCCUAUUAUCGAGAGGCAAUUAGCUCCAGCUCAAGGAAUUUCAGCAGCGAUAACGGUCAAGAAACGUGAACCGUUUUGGGAUUAUAGCGGUCUCUUUAACAAUAGGAACAGCCGAUGGCGCAUGCUUUGCCUUGUUUUGAUGGUCAACGGACAACUCGCAGGGAAUGGGCUGAUCACAUAUUUCCUCCCUACGCUGAUGAGCAACGCUGGCGUAAAAUCAAAACAUCAACAACUCGUCUAUAAUUUUGCAAACUCAAUUUUAUCCGCUUUUGGUGCCUUCAGUGGUGCCGCAGUAACCGACCGCACCGGGCGUCGCAGGCGUCUAUACAUCGGGGCUUUCACCCUUGCGGUGCUGUUAGCAAUGGUCGCCGCCUUAUCAUCCGCAUAUGGGAAAUCUGACAAUACGAACACGGCUGGGGCUAACGCGUCCAUCACCAUGGUUUUCCUCUUCGGUGUCGUAUACAGUUUUACGUAUACCCCCCUGCAGGCGCUGUACUGUGCAGAAGUUUUGCGGCAGGACAUACGCGCUAAGGGCAUGGGAGUUCAUAUCCUGAUAUCCAAUAUCGCCGGAUUCAUCAACACCUUUGCAAACAGCGUUGGUUUGGAGCGUCUUGGAUGGAAGUACUACUUCGUUUUCGUCGGAUGGGACCUUGUUGCGUCCGUCCUGUGGUUUCUAUUCUGCGUGGAGACACGUGGACGUACACUUGAAGAAUUGGAUGAAGUGUUCAAUUCUCCAUGGCCGGCUAUGGCAAGCGCUCGGAAGAUCAAGGUCGCCGUUAAGACGUUGGGUGAUGUCGACGUGUUGGAGUGAUAUAGCGGCUCAAGUUGAGGUUUUGCCGUUAUAAUUGAGGACACACUCGCUAUAUAAUUUUUUGCUACUUCCAAAUUCUCGAAUCCGAGCCCCGUCUUUGCUCCCCCACUUGAAUCUGCCUUUUCCGACUUGCAGAAGGUCUCUUGUUGGAUGGAAGUUGGAUUCCCAUGACCAUACUAUUAUCUUCCUAGUUCUUUUCUUCAUCUGAGUUCACAACUUGACGCCCUCUCUCCUCUUCAUUAUGUCAAACUGUCAAUAACUAGGCCCCCGCAUUACCGGCAAAUUUAUUAUGGCCGUCAAGUCAAAGGCGGACCCUCGUUCCCGUCAUUUAAUC